UAGGUUAAGGUCCUGGGGCUGAUUCAGUGACAGCAGUUAAAACUGACCACAUGCGAUGAUACGAUGGUGAUGUUGUGAUUAGUUUCCUUGUUUGUCUGCAUGUGCAGAUGUGAUCCUGGCUGGGACGGUGAGCGCUGUGAGCGCUGCAUGCCAAUGCCCGGCUGCAUGCAUGGGUCCUGUCAGCAGCCAUGGCAGUGCAGCUGUGAACCGGGCUGGGGGGGGCGCUUCUGUGACAAAGACCUAUCUGUGUGCUUGGAGCAGCGGCCGUGUGAGAAUGGAGCUACCUGUGUGAUGGAGGACAGCGGUGAAUACACCUGUCUAUGUGCUGACAGCUUCCACGGUAGAAACUGUCAGCUGAAGGCUGGACCCUGUCACCAGAGGAGGUCUCCAUGUAAAAAUGGGGGUCUGUGUGAAGAUGCUGAUGGUUUUGCAGCAGAGCUGACGUGUCGAUGUCUGGCGGGAUUCACUGGGCUGCACUGUGAGACUGACCUGGAUGACUGUCUGAUGAAGCCCUGUGCUAACGGUGCCACCUGUCUGGAUGGUGUCAACCACUUCUCGUGCCUCUGUCCCGCUGGCUUCACGGGACGCUUCUGCACUAUCAAUGAGGACGACUGCGCUAGCCAGCCCUGUAUGAAUGGUGGCCGCUGCCUUGACCGCGCCGGAGGGUUCUAUUGCAUCUGCAAGCCCGGCUUCACCGGAACCAUCUGUGAGAUGGCACUGAGGAAACAUGAAGCCCGAGAGUCUGUUUGGACAACACUGGGCUGGCAGGGAGGAGGAGGCGGGGUCAUCCAUCACGUGACCACCCAAGGUAAAAACCAAAGGAUCAUCAGUAACAGCAGUCAUCAUAGUAACCGGCUGUUUAAAGUGACAGUGAGCGAGCGCAGCACUGGUGGACUCUCAGAGGUUCAGUUCAUAGUUCUGCUGGUGUUGGCGGGGCUGACGCUGGGCAUGGUGGUGCUGACCACCGCUCUUGUAAUGCAGAGCCACUGCAGGGACUGCAGACACGCCCCCUGCUGGUCAUUAUCACAGCGAGGACGGAACAGGGUCAAGCGAGCACUGCAUGAUGACUGUCAGCUCAGCUUCCUGAACACAGCAGAACCAGAGAAGAAGAAACUCAACACAGAUGUCGUAUAGUCUAAUUGGGCAGCUGAGCACAGCGUGCAAUCUCUCGCCCAGCUGUUCAAUCCACUGGUAUGACCCUCCUGACCCCCGUGAGCAAUGCAGGAUCAGAGGUGAGGUCAAGAUGCCAGGUGCUCAUUCCAGGAGGAAAAACUCAUCCCGGUAAAGAAAAGGGAAUGUUGUCGGCUGCUUCUCCCGGUGUGCUGCUGCUGCCGGACUGAGAGUCCACAUGUAAACUGGGACCUCUACUGGGCCUGACUGAGUGCGAAGUGUGAGGGGUUGCUGGUGCUCGACAUGUUUUUCCUUAUUAACGGAACAAAGUGGGUUUCAUGUUGGCACAGCUAACAAGACUGUUACUGCAGGACCCUGACAUAACAGCUUCACAGUGCUAUUGGCCCAAGCAUUAAAAACAGU